AUGUCAUCUUCAUCGACUGCUGCAGAUGAAAAGAAGUCUCAGAUUUUGCAGCAAGAGUACAACAGGUACCAGGAACUAAUACAGGAAUUGGAAACGCAAUCGUCAACACUUGCUUCACAGCUACAAGAACACAUCAUUGUUGAUCGCAGUCUCACAGCAAUAGCGCCGGAAAAAAGACAAGGACGCAAAUGUUUUAAAAUGAUUGGUGGCGUACUAGUUGAGAAAUCAAUUGACGAAGUGAUAAAGAUUUUAGCUGAUGAGGUCAAGGAGUUGACAAAGCAAAAGGAAAAUGUUGAUAAGGAGUUGAAAAACAAUCGAGCUACUCUAGAGAAGUGGAUUUCAUCAAACAAGAUCAAAGUUGUAAAAGGAUAA